UACGUUUUGUGGAUAAUAAGUCUUACGGAUAAUUUACCUCAUGUGCAAUAUGACUUUUGAAGAAUCUUGUGGAGACAACGCCACGGAAAGAAUGGAUUCGGUGGCAAGGGCACUUGAAGAUGUUCUGAGCGCAGCAUUGCCUCAGGGUUGCAUCACAGUUGGAGUUUACGAGGCCGCCAAAUCACUUAACGUAGAUCCAGACAACGUAGUUUUAUGCCUUUUGGCUACAGACGAAGAGGACGUUGAGGAUGUCGCUCUUCAGAUUCAUUUUACUCUGAUCCAGGCGUUCUGUUGUGAGAAUGACAUCAAUAUUUUGCGAGUGAACAAUAUGAGACGCCUGGCGGAGAUUCUGGGUGAGAUGAAGCCCGGAGGAGAGCCAAUGGAUCUUCACUGCGUAUUAGUCACCAACCCACAGUCAUCCACUUGGAAAGAUCCAGCCCUGAGUAAGUUAAACCGAUUCUGCAGAGACAGCCGCUGUUUGGACCAGUGGGUGCCUGUCAUCAGUCUUCCAGAGCGAUGAGAUAGAGAGGAGACAACUGUGCUACUCUUAAUACUGUUACUGCACUGAAUCUGUGUAAUAUCCCAGGCUGGGGCCCCUGAACUGCCGAACUCCAGCAAACUUGAUAAUCGAGGGUGGGUUUUUCUGUUGAACCAGAGAAGAAUGCAUUGUGAUACUACGCCACAAGGAUGAAUGACUCAGCAGUCUACGUUGCCAAGGAGCGACAGUGUCAGCGGGCCCAUUGCCAGCAAAGGGACUGGAAAGGAAACUGAAUCAUGUGAGUGCUCACCAGCAUGUGGAAGUGAGGAGACUCUGAGACCGGACUCAGGAGACUUAUGGGAAGGCAAUUUGGAGGACAUGGAGUACACUGGAUUGGACUGAACUGAGCUGAGCUUAGUUUCAUACACAAGCAAAUAAAUUAAAGUGC